AUGGCGUCGCGUUGGAUGUUCGUAGGCCGUUUGGCAUUUGCUCUUCUCCUGCUCACCCAAGGGGGAUUUUUAGUCGCUUAUUCCGAUGAUGAUGCAGUUAGGGCAAAUGAUGAUGAUGCAGUUAGGGCAAAUGAUGAUGAUGCAGUUAGGGCAAAUGAUGAUGAUGCAGUUGAGCGCAAAGAUCUAGUGUCUAAGCUUUCCUAUCAAAUGGCCAUCGAUCUCUUCGACGUUGUGGAUAUGAUAGAUAUCGUCUUGGAAGACAAAAGACACGGGAGUGCGAAUUGCUCGUGUACAAAUACUAUAAUAAAUGAAACCAACCUGACAAGUGCAACUUCAAGCCUCAAAACAAUUCCUGAAAGUUUCGGAAUAGUCAUGGUUACAGUGGCAUCUCUCAGUCUACUUAUGUCACUUUGGCAAUUGUUUGAGAACAAGCUAUCAACAGAUGACACAAAGAUUCGCUUCCGAGCGACAGUUCUUCGCAAUUUGGUAGAGAUAGCUUUGGUUAAUUUCGUCUUCUUGAUCAUUCGCUUAGUGGUGUACGCUGAGUACCGCAGAGAUGAGUCUAUCUUUAUUGCAAAGAAUAUCAUAUCAAUAGUUUUGUCCAUUUUGGAAAUUAAUGCACACUGUGCAUCACAUUCCGUCAAAUUUUGGUCUGAGUUAUGCAAAAGUUGUUUUGGACUGAGAGUGGUCUAAAAUGGCAAGCAGUGUUUGUUGUCAUUAUUUACACAUAGCGAAAUCGGUUUAGAGACAACUUUGUGAAAACUGCUAAGACAUUAUUUAGUUAUCAUUAUUGUUAUUGUAGUAAUUUUUUACUAUUAUAUCGCUGUAUGAUGGUAGACAUUCCUGCUCCUGUUUUAUAGUUGUGACUUAAGUGAUAUCUCAUGCAUGAUUAAUGUGUGCGGCGCUUCUAAAGCCGAGGUCAAAUACAAGGUAGCGUUGUAAGUUUUAAAAAAAAUCCUACAAGUUUUGCUACUUUAUACUCUUUUACUACUUUUUAAGGUUUAAAUUUACUGUAACAUAAGAUAUAUGAUGUCAUAUCUGUCGAGAAAUUAAGACUAUACCAGACUCUUGAUGUGUAACUGAAUGUGUAGUCAUGAAAUGAUUAAACAGCGUCA